AUGUCUUCUACAAAUGUUACCAGCGAUGAUGUUGCACCUAAAUUCUACGAUAGCAUUAGUGAUAGAUAUGAUAAAUUUUAUUCGCAGGAUCAAGGAUUGUUAGCAUUCAUUGAACAAAGUCUCGAACUUUUACCCCCCAAUGCAUCGGUCCUAGACGUCGGCUCUGGAACCGGCAUUCCCACCUCCCUCGCCGUUGUAAAUUCCGGUCGUAAACUCCACGGUAUCGAUAUCGCUCCCAGCAUGAUCCAACUUUCCCGCAAAAAUGUUCCGGGGGGGACCUUUGAGCUGGUGAGUAUGUUGGAUUAUGAACCCAAAGAUGGACACAAAUUCGACGCCGCGUUUGUUGUUCUCUCCAUGUUUCACAUGAAGCGAGACGAAAUGAUCGAAGCGAUUGGGAAAUGGAAAGAUUGGGUGAAGGGGAUGGAGAAGGAUAUCUUUUCAUCUGCACGUAUGUCGCGGAGGAUGCGGCGGGGAUUAAGGAGGAGAUGUUUUCGGAAGAUGGGUACGUUCAUGGGAGAGUAUCAUGAAAACUUCCUGUACACGCAACUUGGAUGGGAGGAUGUGUUGGCAGAAAAUGGACUCAAGAUUGAGAAGGAGGGGAAAGUGGCUUUUGAACCGGCUGAAGAGGCGGAGUGUGAUAAUGAAAUCCAUUUUUAUAUUACCGCGAGGAAGGUGUAG